AGAGCAUCUGAGGUGUUUAUAAGUCUCCGUCUUCCUCUUCUUCUUCUUCUUCUCUGCAAUUAUAAAGGGAUAUUAAGAUACAAUAACUACCAUCACAAUGUCUUCUCCCGACCUUACGCUCUACACCGACACUGCGCCUAAUGGCGUCAAGAUCACCAUGGCUCUCGAAUACCUCGGACUCCCAUACAAAACCGUAACCGUCAGCAUCUCCAAGCUCGAGCAGAAAGAACCCUGGUUCCUCGAAAUCAACCCGAACGGCCGGAUCCCCGCGCUGGUCGACAACACCGGCGGCAAGCAAAAGAAACUGAUGGAGUCCGGCGCGAUCUUGCUCUACCUGGCUGACAAGUACGAUCCAGAGUAUAAGCUCAGUUAUCCGGCGGGGUCGGAUGAGUAUUAUGAGGUUCUGGAGUGGUUGUUUUGGCAGGUUGGUGGGCUUGGGCCUAUGCAGGGCCAAACCCUCCACUUCCUGCACUACUGCGUCUCCAAAUCCCCCGAAGUCCGCUCCUACGGCGUCGCCCGCUACCAAAACGAAACCCGCCGCCUGUUCACGGUCCUCGAAUCCCGACUCGCGCUCCAGAAAUCCACCAAAUCAUCCCCGUUCCUGGUCGGCGACCACCUGUCCGUCGCGGACCUCGCGUGCCUGGGCUGGGUGCUCGCGGAUAACUUUGCCGGGAUCGCGUCGGAGGAUUAUCCGCUGCUGAAUGAGUGGCAGGAUAUGGUUUCGGGUCUCGAGGGGGUGAAGAAGGGGUUGGAGGGGUAUGGAAUUAAGAAGGUCGGGCAGGAUCCCGAGUUGACGAAGAUUGCGUCGGAGUAUAACUCCAAGUGGAUCAAGAUCCAGUUUGAGGAGCAGUUGAAGUUGGGUCAGAAGUAAAUGUGUCUAUAGAUCUACUGUUACUGUACAUACCAGACAAGAACUCAGCAUCUUUCAAUGCAAUAACUAGCAAUACAUACAAUAUAUACACACAAUAUAUACACACAAUAUAUACACACAAUAUAUACAUACAAUACAUA